CUGGGAUCUGAUCAUGGGGUUUUCCUUCUAGUAAUAUUGUCUGAGCUGCAACACGAACGCCGCCUGCGUCUAGAAAAAAUCAAACCAUGGGUUCCAGACUGAGCAGGCAGAGCAGCCUGGACAAUGAGAAUUUCUCCAAAAAGCGACGCAAGCUUCUGGAUGGCACCGGAGAGAGCGACAGGGGCAGUCGGGGCGGCGGGGACUUUCUGUUUGCACUGAUGCUGAAAUCAGACAAACUGCCUGGGAUGCUGCGGAGGACCAACCACAGCCCGUACAUGAGGCGAGUGGCGUGGAUCAAAGAGAUACAGAAGCUGCUCCGUGACCGCAGGAUAGAGCAGGCAACCGACGUGCUCAAAUUACUGAGGAAGGAUCUGGGUUUGGAAGGCACCUCCCUCAACGACAUCUUGUACAAAAACGCUGCCUUCCUCAACCUGGUGGACCCCAUCUCACACGAGCUGCUGCUCAGCCUGGCUCGAGAGAUGCAGUGUCCUAAGAAGGAUGCAGACACCAUAAAGUCUUCUGAUAAGAUUUGCAGACAGCUGAUCUACCACCUAACCCCGCACUCAAAGUGGCUGAGGCAGAGCAUGUCCAGACGGAAAUCCCAGGCCUGUCUCAAGACAACCCUACAGAAAAAGCUGUCCAGUGACUCUGUCGACUUGUCCGGCAUCCCUCUGUCCACUCGUGACGUCCGUCAAGUCGCCUUCUACCUCCAAACCAACAGAGACAGUGUGGUGGCUGUGGACAUCAGCUUCACCGAACUCCAGGACGAGAACUUGAGGCUUCUCCUGCCUCUUCUCGCCUCGCUGCCCAAACUCAGCACCCUGGCUCUCAACGGUAACCGCCUCACCCUGGCUAUCCUCAAAGACCUCACCGAGAUGCUCAAAGACCCCAAGAUGUUCUCCAGCCUGGCCUGGAUCGACCUGGGCAACAACGUGGAUAUUUUCACCAUGCCCCAGCCGCUGCUGGUCGCUUUGCGUCGGCGCUGUAGCCUGAAGAGCAGUUUACCAACCAUCUACGAGUACACAGAGGGCCAACCCUACUGCUACCACCUGGAGACUUCUAUCGAGGAGCCCAGCCUUUACGAGGAAGAAGAGGAGGACGAGGAGGAGGCGGAAGACGACGAGGAUGACAUGGGGAACAAAUUUGAGCUGGAGCCGUGGGGUUUAGGGCAGAAGCAGCUCUCCAAAGACUUCACCCUUCACUACUGUGAGAGGUGAUGAGGUAUUUUCUCUCUGAGGCUCUUUCCACUGUGGAUGAAAUGUCGUCCCACAGCACUCCGUUACUUCCUUCGUCCUCUCGCCCUCACACCACGAGCCCAGUCACCCUUCGAGGCACGAGGGAGACCAGUGCCCACAUUGUGAACUUCUCGUCGCGACACAGCUAUCAAGCAAUUCCUAACCAUCUCUGAGUUAACCCACACAAGAUAGUGACAGUCACAACGGCGGACUUACUGUGUUGGUGGAUGGUGCUCUUGGGAACAAGGUGCGGUUUCAUUGGAGGGGGGCUGGAAGAGUUAAUGAACCGGUGCUCGCUCUCUCUCUCUCUCUCUCUUCUCUUU